AUGCCUGCUAUGGAGAGGCUGAGAAGAUUUUUGGAGAACGCUGUGUCGCUAGUUGUGGAUGCUUCGUUCAUUCACCCUCAUUGGAAGACAAAUGUACCAGAACCAUGGACGGACUUUGACAAUGACAUUGCUCUGUUGAGGUUGAAAGAACCACUGAAGAUGGGUCCCAACAUCUCUCAUUCCUUGACCUAUAAAUUCACAGAUAAUAUGAUUUGUGCUGGGGAUGGCCGCGAGGACAGCUGUUCUGGGGACAGUGGUGGGGCGUAUGGCAUGGAGGAUCCCCACAAUGAGACCCAUUACUAUGUUGCUGGCCUGGUGUCCUGGGGACUGAAAUGUGACACCUAUGGUCUUUACACUAAGGUGGCAAACUACGUGGACUGGAUUGCACAAACCAUGAGCCAGCAUGAAUAUCUGGAAGUAUAG